AUGUGGGGAGCGGCAGGCCGAACGAAUGCGCAGAAGAUUCAGACCAUAUUCAACAAGUUUGUGGGCGGCUCGGCGCGCAGCGAUGGCGUGGUGGUGGACGAGGCGGAGCUGCAGCGGCACCAGCAGCUGGAGCGGCUCUACAACACGACAAAGUCUGCCAAGCACUUUCAGCGAGAGAUGGUGAAGGGCAUCGAGGGCAUUAUCAAUGCGAAUCUGAAGCACAUUGAAUCCAUUGCGAAGCUAUCAGAAGAGUGCCGCAAGUACGGCGCGCCGGAGAGUCCGGGCGGCAGCACCGUGCUGGGCCGGGCGGCGCUGCAUUUCGGGGCGGCACACUCGGCAAUCGAGAAAGAGAGGGACAACAUGGACAGGACCCUUGGAACACAGGUGGGCGAUCCCCUUAAAGCCAUGGUGACGGGCGCGCCUCUGGAGGAUGCUCGCAGUCUCACCCACCGAUACGACAAGCUGCGGCAGGAGGCGGAGGGGCUGGUGGUGGAAAUUCAGAAGCGCAACCAGAAGGCCAGGGAUGGCCUGAGCAACCCUGAGAACGCCGCCAAGCUGCAGCAAGCAGAACAGAAGAUGGGCGAACUUGCAGCGACCAUGACAGUGCUGGGGAGGGAGGCGGCAACGGCGAUGAUGGCAGUGGAGGCACAGCAGCAGAGGCAGACGCUACAGCGGCUGAUUGGCAUGGUGGAGGCAGAGAGGGCUUUUCACCAGCGGUCAGUGGAAGUCCUGAACCAGCUGCACUCACAGAUGGUGGGGGAGAGGCAGAAGAACGAUCACAGUGGGAACAGCAGCGCUGCUGCUGCAGCUCCCACCCCUGCUGGUCCAGGCAGCACCAACCCGUUUGCAGGCUCGGCCGAGCCUCCGCCGCCGAGCUACGAGGAGGUUCGGGGAGGGGGAGGGCCGACCGGCGGCGGAUCGAACCGGGCGGGUUAUUUUCUUGCAGAGGUGGUGCAUGCAUUUGACGCAGAGGGUCCGGGGGAGAUGUCUCUGAGUGUGGGUGACUACGUGGUUGUCAGACAGGUGUCGCCCAACGGUUGGUCGGAGGGUGAGGCGAAAGGCAAGGCUGGGUGGUUUCCUUCGGCCUUUGUGGAACGCAGGCAGAGAGCCCCAGCAAGUAAAAUCCUGGAAGCUUCCGGAGGCCUUUAG